CUUUCAUUAAUUUCUUACAAAGAAAACAAAAAUGCAAAAGAUUGAAUUAAAUUCUAACUGUUAGAGUCACCAGUGGCUGGAAUCAAAUGGAAUAGCUUGGAGUAUUUGCAAAUGGAAGCACUGCCUGAUCAGCAAGUUAUUUUAGUGAUGCUAUGGGAGAUGAGGUCUUUACUUUCCAAAGCCCAUCUAAGAAUUGCAAUGUUCAAAUCUUGUAAACAGGAUGCAUGUUUUCACUCUGCUUUUAGUAUUUUAUAGUGAAGUUCACUUAUCUAGAAAUCAUUUUGCACUUUGAUUGGCCUUUAAACAUUCAUCAAGGGUACAAAGAUUUAAAGUAAAUGUUUAAUUGUCUUGUAAAAUACCCCAAACAUAUCUGUACAUAUGCAUGUCUGAGUGAAUGACUGGUAAAUAAUAGCAAUCUAAACCAUGUUGAAUUCAGAUGCCUUUUAUCUGUUAUCUAAUAAAAAAAAACAAGUUAUGAUUCAGUUUUUUUUUCAAAUUCUGUUCAUCAUUUAUUCUUAUUAAGUUUAUUUAUAGAAAUGAUGGUUCAUGAAUUUUGUGGCAAUUUUGAAAUUCCUAAUAGAGCAAAAAACAGUCUUACACCAGCAGCAAAGAUCGUGAAAGGCAGCAGAAAAUGCUGCUACUGGGAAAACAAAGGAUGUGCCAAAGCUGGAGAAGAAAAGUGAACAGCUUUACUCAUUAGUGAAAAAGGUGGAUAAAGAAUACACAGAGAAUGCCUACAAGGCAGAAACUGCACGGCAAGAGUGGGAUGUUACUGUAGCCAAGGCCAGCAGUCAGCUUCAGCAGCUGGAAGAAGAGAGGAUGAACAGCAUGCAGGAUUACCUCAACAAGUUCAACAGUCACAUCUCUGUUCUUCCACCCAAGAUGCAGCAGAUUCACGAUCGAAUGAAUGAGUCAGUGAUAGCUGUGGACCUGCGCCAGGACAUUCACAGUGUAGUGCAGCAGAAAGGAUCCCAGACAGCCCGACACACAGAGCAAAUUCUUAUUGACUGCUAUGCAGAGGACACACAAUUUACCAUGAAUAUGGAUCGAAGGAAAGAUGCACUUCGCAAUUUUCUUAUUUAUCUACACCAGCUCAUUGAAAAGGAGAGGAAAGGGAAAGACGGUGUGCAAAAGCUUGUGGAGGUUUAUAAAGCGAAGCCUACCUUUGCUGAUCCUGAAGCUCAGGAAGAUACAAGACAAAAAUUGCAACAGACAAUAAUGAUGCUGAACUUCCUGGAAGCAAGCCAUUUCAAGAUAAACAGCUGUCUUUGCAAGUUAGAAGGACGGACACUGCCUCAGCAUGCAUUUGAACAACACAUUGAAUGUACACGUGACAAACAGAACUAUGUGGUCAGUGUUCUCAAGCUACCUGUCAACAUGACUUUGGACUGCAGUGACUACAGCACUUAUUCAUUGCCCAAUGAUUACAUGGAACUUGCUUCACCUGUGGAUGAUGAAUUUGAUGACUUUGAUGAUGACUUUCCUAUUGCAAAGUGCACGGCUUUAUAUGACUAUAAGGCAGAACAGAAUGAUGAGCUAUCUUUCAAAAUGGGUGAUGUAAUUACGGUGUAUGGAAAAACAGAUGGUGGAUGGUGGCAAGGGGAGAUAAAUGGACGCAAAGGAGCCUUUCCCUCAACCUACGUUAAAGAAAUGUGAUGCUACGGAUCUUUCAUUCCUUAUUUAACUUUGCUCCCCUCAUGAAGUGAAUGGCAUCAAAAGUGCUGCUCUUUUCAUAAACAGAUGGUGAGUUAAAGUUUCAUCCAGUAAGAGGAGAGGGAGCAGUUCAGAGAAAACUCAUAACUUCCUGACAGGAAGCUUAACACUUUCAGUCUGGAUGGAAAAAAAUGGAACUUCAUUGUUCUUUGUUUUUGAAAGUAAAUGGGUGCAGGAAUAUUUCAAGUGGCUUGUGAGGAAGGCAGCAGACUUCUAUGCAUGAUUUGGUAACAUUGGAUGUUGUAACUUGCACAGCUCUUAACUGCAGUUUUCAAGCAGCUUGAAGAAUACUGUUAAUGUCUGAGGUGCAGUGAGUUUGGCCAUUAGCUAGGAUAAAAAAAAGUCAGAAGUUAAAAGCAGAGGGGACAUCUGUCCGUUUUUCAGUAUGCAAAAUAAAAGGCCGUUUUAAGUAAAAGGGAAAUAAAAAUCUUAUUACUACUUAAUGUUGCAGAAUAUUUGUGCAUAAAACUCAUGUUGUCUUCAGGACUCUGGGUCCUCCUUCAUGAAAAGCAUUUUUAUUGUGAUAUUAUUUGAGUGUCAUACAGGCAUGUAUCACCAUGCAUUCCUGUGGAUUGUUCACUGCAGUCUGGGGUGGGAGGGAGAUCAACUACACAGCUUGAUGAGGGAGGAUGUUAUUCAAUCCAAUAUCCUUACUGGUUCUCACCCCUGCCACUAUUUCUGAUCAGUUUUGUACAAUAAAAUUAAUUUUGACCUAGAAUGAUAUUAGUAUUAAACAAAUUGUAAAAACUGCCAUUCAUUUCUUGUGCAGCCAAAGUUUUUGGUUUUUCUCUAAAAAUAUUCAUAAUAAUCUUUAAAGAAUGCUUUAAAGGUAUGUAAACUUCUUGAGACAAUGUGAAGUUGUAAAAUGCAAUGAUGUAUGCAAGGCAAGCUGAGAUAAAGCAAAUUCUUAUAUGAGAGCUAAGAGUUUAUCAGAGUCCUUGAUUUAUGUAAUUUGUUUUUUGGUCAUUUUCAUGGUGAAGACCAAAAAAAAAAAAAAAA